AUGGUCCACCAGUCUCACAACAUACCUUGGCGAAUUCUGGCCUCCAAUCUAUCAUGGGGCACAACCAAACAUAGAGGCGAUAAAGUCACAAACCUCCAUCCUCGCGCCACAGAGAGCCGAGGUAAACAGCUUACAUAUUUUAUCAAAGCCUUCGUCGGGGCGAUUGAGGAGCAUUCUGUCAGCGAGCGCCAGAAAUAUCCAUCUUCUUUUGACCCUGUCGAGCCUUCCGAUAUUCUUCUUAGCCAGGCAACAGCCCAGAAAAUUGCUCCCACUGUACGCAAAUGGCGGGGCUACGGGUUCAAGGGGCAUUGCCCAAGCGGCGUCUGCAACACUACAGUUGAAAAGGUGUGCCGCUGCGCUCCCAUUCCUGAUGAGGAAAGAAGAGUUGCUGCCUUUCUUCGGCCUCAUGGUCCGCGGGAAUGCUACGAGUUUUUUCGAAAAAAUAGCGACGCGUUCUUCAACAUUGAAAUCGUCAAAACUCUGCUCUUGUAUGGCGAAAUGGAUACUCUCCUCCGUGUCUGUGCUCUACCGGAUGUGGAGCUUGCGCAGUGGUGGCAAGAUGCUGAAUGUCAAUGCGAGAUUCCCGUCUUGGGGUGGGACCAAGUGUGUAUCAAAGCUCUCCGAGCGUACAUUUGUCUUAACACUAUUGACGUACUCCCUGAACUCUGGGAUAGCAUGUCUGGUGCAAGCGAGAGCAAAGAUUAUCGUCACAGCAGAUUCUAUCAGUACACCUUGCGAACAUGUACGGGCACGGGGCAACUCUCAGAAGUGAGCACGUAUCCUCAUCGACUGUUUUUUGGAAUCGGCGACAAUCAAUUUCAAAGCCAGUUCCAUCACCCUCGCAUUAGACGGGCUCAUUGGCUUCGAUGGGAAACACCGUCGACGCGUUAUUGUGGGGACAUGAUUUCAUUCCCGCAGCCAAACCAUUAUGGGAAGGUCCCCAUAAAUGAGUUCCUCACCUUGGAAAACAAGGCUUACAUGGGCUACCAGCCGGGUUCUUCUAGCAUCACUCUUGUUCAAAGCUAUUUAUUCAAGAAAGGCCUGCCGGCGGAGCUGAUCCUCAAAAUUAUGGACCUCGCCAAUUAUGAACGAAGAGGACGAUUGAGCGAGCCCCACGGUCCUUUCCAUGCCUAUAAUCGCGAAGAAUUGGAGAAGUACCUCACUUACUGUUGGUUGACUAUUGUCCGCUGCGAGAUGAUGGCCAAGGCUCUUGGUAUGAAGAUUCCUUGGGAGGAACUCAUUGCGGAUUGUAUUGUCGAUUUCUGGGCCAGUGACCGAGAUGGCCUGGGCUCCUUGUACUGGUAUGCUCGUGAUGAGGAGGGCUUUGCCACCCGUAAAGUGUUUGUCAAGCCCUAA